CCCCCCCCCCCCCCCCAACUCCACCACCUAUCGCACAGACUCGCCACUCUGCCAGCGGGAGCUUGUGCAGGGCUUCUCUAUGCUUCCGCGAAGGAAGGCUGAUCGGCAACUUCAGUGACGUGCUUUUAUCGCUGAUCACUGCUCUGGCGUUGUAGGGCUCGAGAGUAAAAGACAGGCCCUUUGUUCCCACCGGCCUACCCCCUUCGAGAUCCGUCUUCCUUCGCCGGUCUCCUCCCUCCUUUCGUCGGUCGUUUUCUUUAGAGUCUAGCGUUCGCGUCUUUUAGUUAAAUUUUACUUGAGACAAUUCUUUUCUACGAGUGGUCCAUGUAAUGGAUAUCAUCUCUCAACUGCAAGAACAAGUAAACUUAAUCGCCCAUCUUGCUUUUAAUACUGUUGGGACGUUGCAAAGGGAUGCUCCUCCUAAUCGUCUGUCGCCAAAUUACCCUGAACCACCUGCACAUCCCACAGAGGAUGCAGCAAAUUUUGCAGAACAGCCCAAGCUUAUGAGUGCCGCUUUGGUAAAGGCUGCAAAGCAGUUUGAUGCAUUAGUUGCUGCGCUUCCUAUAUCUGAGGGUGGGGAAGAAGCACAACUUAAGAGGAUCGCAGAGUUACAGGCUGAAAAUGAUGUAAUAGGCCAAGAACUUCAGAAGCAAUUGGAAGCUGCAGAGAAGGAAUUAAAUCUGGUGCAGGAUUUGUUUAGGCAAGCAUCAGAUAAAUGCAUGAACUUAAAGAAACCAGAUUAAAGAAAGGGUAAAAUUCUUCGUGUUAUUGGCAGAAGGCUAGGGAGAUUAGCGCUUUGUAUUUAGGAGGUUCGAACUUUAUCUUUUAUCUUGACAUGAAACAUCAGAACUGCAGAAGACAGCAAGACUUCCUUUCUCUGAUGUAACUUGUACAUGAUAGAGAUGGUAUUUGUACUAGAAACUGAUUUAUCUGUGAUAAGAUAUGUUGAACUUCAUCUUUUACCAUGAAAGAAGAAGGCUUAAAAUUAUCUAUUUCA